GCAAGGUCCGUGCGGCUGCGCGGCGGGCGAAACGUCAUCGGCGCACGACGGAAGCGCUUCCGGAAGUAGUUCUGCGAGCGGUACCGGAAGUAGUUCUCCGAGCGGUGCCGGGAACGUUGCUGCCGGUGCGAGGUGAAGCGCGGGAGCCGCCGCCAUGACGUCGGCCCUGGAAAACUACAUCAACCGUACUGUUGCAGUGAUAACUUCUGAUGGAAGAAUGAUUGUGGGAACCCUCAAAGGUUUCGAUCAGACCAUUAACUUGAUUUUGGACGAAAGCCAUGAAAGAGUGUUCAGUUCUUCACAAGGAGUUGAGCAAGUAGUGCUGGGAUUAUACAUUGUAAGAGGUGAUAAUGUCGCUGUCAUCGGUGAGAUCGAUGAAGAGACAGAUUCAGCUCUUGACUUAGGGAAUAUUCGAGCAGAACCCUUAAAUUCAGUUGUGCAUUGAAAGGAAGAGAAUGCACAGGGACUUUGUAAAUCUUUGGUUGUACAGACCUAUUUAACAGUGUUCAACAGUUUUUACAAAUUGUGCGUAACUUGUUUAAUCACCAGGUUUUUUUUAUUAUGAAUAUGUUGUAGUUUCACAUGUAAAUUAAAGUUUCUACAUUUUACUAAGUAUGUUUUUGUUGAAUUUACUUUGGAGAUUUCAUGCUGUGUAACUUCACUACAAAAUGUAUAUUGGGAAACUGAAGCAGUAUCGGGAAAGGAGGCUCUGGUAUAGAGAUCAAAGAAGGUAAUGCAUCUCUGCUCACAGGCUGAUGUAAAAGUAGGUGCUAGAGCAUUCCUGGGGAAGGCGAGAAAGGUGAUUUCAGCCUCCUUUUCAGAAAAGACCUCUGACAAAAACUGGCAGCACAAAGCCCAAAUAGGCUGAUAGGCUGUGUGUUGUUGAACUGAAUUUUCUUCAGUGAGGCAGGCAAAGGAUGGCCUGCUCACAGGUCUGGUUAGGAUUGUAGACAGCAACUCAGUGCUGCCAGGAGGGAGCCUACUGAGAAGCAAAGUUUGGUUACCUGCACACGCAGACAGCAGCAAUGUUAAGAUUAUUUUUUACUUUUGGCUUGCAUUCAAAUUUUGUUUCUGUUUCAACACCAGAUUUUAUUUCCGUUCGAUGCUCUUGGUUUUGGUCUGGAUUUGACCAAAGUGUGUGCUGGGUACACUGGUGAAGAAAUCAAAGACAGGAGAACUGAUCAGAAUGGGUUACUUUAAAUCAAACCUAAGGCCCGCUACCCUUCAAAAAGUACAAAGAUGAAAUUGCAGCCUAAUAAAAUUAGGCUCUACAAUGGAUUGCUAGGUCCUUGCAAGGGCGUGGUGCAAAAGAAGCACUCAAAAAAACUGUAUUAGAUGCAGGAAGCUGAAUUGUAACCAGUCUGAUACAGCAUUUGUAUUCAAUCAAACCUGUGCUUCAAGUAAGCUAUGCAUGGGUCACCAGUGAAAGUUAAUGAUUUCUUGAAAAAUUGUGAUGAAGUGGAUCAGUAGCAGAAGUAAAUGGGAUUGAAAGCAAAGAAUGGAUAUCGAAAUAUGGCCUUACAGUUCUUAAAAAUGCUAGAGAAUUAGUCCCCAAAGGAUGAGGAGGCUGAAAUUUCAAGGGUGAUGUUUAUGUGUAUGUCAACUAGAUAAAAUUACAUGAAAACCACAUAGCUAGCCAAGAAAGAAAAGACAAGAAAAAAAUAAAUAGAGCUUAAUUUUGAGAGGAAAAGUUAUGUUCUCAGAUAUUGGAAGAGGUCUGGAAGAGGAAAGAGAGAACCACAAACUGUUACUGUGUUGGACAGCUAUGCCAGCUGCUUUGUGCCAUUUGGCUGCUGCUGAGGUUCCUGUGGUUUUCCACUCUGUACAGAUGUAGAAAAGAAAAUGUUUCCUAGAAGAUAAAUGGUAUUUUCUUUAAAAAAAAAACCAAAACUCUCCCUGGGGGGAAAAGCACUCAACAAAGAAGAACGAUCCCCUUCUCAGGCUUGAAGGUGCUCUCAGUGAGUACUGACUACUGGUCUUAGGACUGUCAGGUGGUUCCUCAGAGUACAUGGAGAGUCCUACUGAAGUACAAAAAAAGGUGUCAGUUCACAGUGUUGGAAACUGGCUUUUCGUGACGAGUCAAAAUCAAGAGUCUGAUAAAUAACAAGUAACUGAGUAAAAUUCAACAUGUCCUUGCAAAUGAACAAACUCCUUUUACAGAGGUGAGCAGGACAGAGAAAGAUGAUGCUGAGGACAAAAGGAAGUAGUGCUGAAUUGGAGGUAAUUGUCACAAUCCAUGACAUUUCCUGCAUUGCCUGAUGUUGGUCACUUCCUCCUUUUGUUCAUUUAAAAGAUGUCUUGGUGUUAAAGAACAAGUCUCCAGUGAAAUGACUGAGCUGGUUUAUAAAAAGAUGUGUUGAAAUUCAUUCAGUGUGCUUGAAGCAAAACAGUAACCAUCUUAGUGGUCAAAGAGCAAGUUCCCUAAUUGCAAUCUGUGUGCAGAGCCUCUGUGUCCACAUAUAUGCAAAGUUCUUCAGACAUUACAUGGUGUAUGGCUUGAAAAAACGUGGAUUCUGUUUUGAUGACUUAGGCUGAUAAGGGAGGCUUUCUGUCCAGCUCAUCUUUUGCUAUCAACUAUGGCCUAUGUGUAUCAAACAUGCUGAGUUAGAUCUGGAGAUAAAACAGGUUGUAUGAUAUAUCUACUACAAUUCCAGCAGUAUACUACCUUCCCAACAAACAUACCAGUUCUGUAUGUGUGAAUAGGUGCUUUUCCACCUAUUAGCUUCUGAUGGGUGAAGCUGUGCUCCACUGGGAAUUUUACUCUGCAGGUUCAUAUGGAAAUGAUCCUAAAUACCAGGUUGGUGUUCUCAGUGCCUUGGUGAGAGAUGAUUUAGUUGAUUCCAUGGCUGACAGCUCGUGGCUUGGUAUUUUUAUGUUCCUUUAGGAAUUCAUGAAGGCGCUUCUCAACACAGUAAAAGCCUCAGAAGAGAUUGAGAAACUCCAAAUAACGCCGGUGAAAAAACACAAUUUGUGCUUGCAAGAUUUAUUUGGUCUGUAGCAUUUCUGAACACAUCUUCCUCUUUUGCAUCUUUCAGGCUGUGGGUUUGAGGAGCCACAGUGCCAAAGGAAGCGGAAGCCAAGGAGCCAGAUGCAGUAGCUCUGCCUCCAUGUCUAGCAGCAGUGUAUGCAACUUGGCUCAUCUUUAGUAAUUGUAUUUUCAUUGCUGCUUUCCAGCUGUGUGUGCUGCUUAGUGAUUAGAACCAUGAAAAAAAAAAAAUCCAUGAGUUUUCUUUGAGUGGAAGAGGGUUCCUCAGUCUCUGUUGCUGUCGUAUCAAUGAGCCUCAGCUGUCCCUUGCUUAAAGAAGGCAUAUUUUGUGUGCCAGGUAUUCACAGGCAAAAAAUCCACCAAAGCCGUAUGUGUCAGCAAGUGGUGUCUGUACAGACAAAGCUUUGAGCUGAGGUAGGGGAAACUUAUAUCAGGUUUAGUUUAACUACAUGUGACAGAAGGCAAUAAUGAGUCAGGUGUUUGCCUUGACAAUCCCACACCUGUAAUACUCUCUGAAGGAUUUUUUUUUACAGUAAUUUUUACAGUAAUUGCAUAAAUGGUGACAUUUCUUCCAGUAGUAGCAUCUUCCCUGAAGAAAAUAAGAGCUCCGCUGACAGAGGUAGAAAUCAAAGGUGAAAACAAUAGCAUUCAGACUUCUGCCAAGAGCUGCUUGCCUGCACUGCGAUGCUGACCUUAUCCAGGCAGUAAUAUCUUCCUUCCUGGACCUCGCAGCACGUUCCAGGAACUCAGGGACUUGUGCUGAACAACGUGUUGCUGCUGUUAGUCUGAUAUCAGUAACACUGCCCCUGAGCAGAUGCCAAGAAACGUCACUCCAUGCUGAACUCCUUGCCCACCACUUGCACUUUUACAUAAACGGUGUUGGUUACUUGUGGGGACACAAGGGCAGGAGGAGGGCAGUCCCUGUACAAUUUUUGUUCUCUGGAACAUCAUUUGUGGUUGUUCCCCCCACUUCCUCAUUAUCAUUGUUUUGUUUUCUACUCUAGAUUUAUAUUUUCUUGACAUCAGUGUACAUGUUGCCAAUAGCAAUGAUUACAGUGUAUUACGUGGAAACUGGAAUGGAA